AUGCAAUUCACAUACCUCACCCUCACUUUCUUCACCGCUCUCGCAGCGGCGGUUGUAAUCCCCCCACCACAACCAACUCCAAGAUCUACUACCCGUAUAACCACAAAGUGGACGCCAACUACCAAAUGGACUCAAACCACUAAACUCCCAACCCGCACCACAACCACAACCCCAAAAACCACCAAAAAGCCACAAUGCACAAUAUCCCUCUGCUACGACGGCGUAAACGAAUGUGGGAUGAUGUAUGGCGGUUGUUUCGCCGCCUGUCCCGACUCUCCAACCCCCACAUUCGUCCCACCGCCUUGCCCGACAACUACUCAGUGCGAUAUUCACCUUUGUGUGGAUAGUGUGAACGAAUGUGGGAUGAUGUAUGGUGGUUGUUUCCCUGCUUGUCCCGGUUUGCCGACUCCUACGUUUACACCGCCGCCGUGUCCUACUCAUAUUGGUGGUGGGGGGCCGCCGAUUGUUACUCGGUUGCCGACUUCGAGGGGGAGGGUUUAG